AUGGCUGAAAGUGUUGGGGUCCCAGCCAAGUAUGCCAUCAUGUUUAUUGCUAUGCAGUACAAUGUCACCUAUACCACUGAUGACAACAGCGAGCAGUUUCAUUUUUAUGACUAUGGUCCAAAAGACAUUGCCACGAUCUUCUUUUACAUGCUCGUAGCUAUUAAUCUGCAUGCUGUAAUCCAGGAGUACAUAUUAGAUAAAAUUAAUAGACGUCUGCAUUUGUCAAAAACAAAGCACAGCAAAUUCAAUGAAUCGGGACAGCUAGCAUUUUUCUACUUGUUUUCGUUCAUAUGGGGAGCAAGUAUUUUGAAUGCAGAAGAACUCAUAAUGAACCCAACUUCACUCUGGAAAGAUUAUCCCCGUUCUCGCAUGCUUUUUCAGGUAAAAUUCUUCUAUAUUUGCCAGAUAGCCUAUUGGCUUCAUGCACUGCCAGAGCUAUACUUCCAAAAGAUCCGAAAGGAAGAUAUUCUGAGGCAGCUAUGUUAUAUUUGCCUUUACAUUGCUCAUAUCUCUGGGGCCUAUAUAUUAAAUUUGCAGCAUUUGGGGCUAAUUCUGAUGGUACCUCACUAUUUAGUGGAACUCAUUUUUCAUGCCUCGCGUCUUUUCUACUUCAGUGAUGAAAACAAGCAAAAAGGAUUUACCAUUUGGGCUUUACUUUUCGUAAUGGUGCGUCUUUUGACCCUAACUUUAUCUGUCCUCGCAUUUGGAUUUGGUCUGGCAAGAGCAGAGAAUCCAGGUUUUUCCAUAGCAGAUGGAAACUUCAACGUACUCCCUGUGAGGAUUGGCUGCCUGGGUGCUGUUUGUCUAACACAGGCCUGGAUGAUGUGGAAAUUUAUAAAUUUUCAGCUGAAAAAAUGGAGAGAACAUGCUAAGAACCAGCUUCCAAAGAAAAAAAUAACUAAUACAAAGAGCAAACGAACAAAAAAGGAACCAAACAGAGCUGACUUUGUCAAUGGAUCAGCAAAACUAGAAGGUGGAGCAUCACCAAGAAUAAGAAAAUCAAAACCAGUAUGA